CAAAGUGGCACCACGUUAUCCGUCCAGCAAGGCUAUGAGGGGGCCUAGCACCAAAGCAACACCAUCUCAGUCACAGAGCUGCUACAGAUGUGGUGAGGCCCACAGGCCUGAGAGCUGCCGAUUUAAAGAUGUAGAGUGCCGCUACUGCAGUAAGCGGGGCCAUAUCGCCCGCUGGUGUCGCAAAAAGGAACGGGAUAGCCAGAGCCCUAUGCCUGGCCGGGCUGGGGCCAAUGCAAUCACUGAGCAGCACCCGGAUGGACGGGAUGACAGUGUGGAAGAAGACCUCGCACAUGUCCUUGCUGUGACAGAGAAAGCACCCAGCCAAAUAAUUCUGGAUUUAAACAUCAAUGGCACGGAGACACGGUUUGAGGUUGACACUGGGGCGUCCCGCACUGUCAUGUCAGAAAGUACGUUUUCACAGCUGCAUGCACACACACCCUCGCUGGUUUUGGAACCAUGUAACAUUUCUCUCAGAUCAUACACCGGCCAGCACAUCAGAUUGAAGGGGGCUACUCAAGUAACGGUGUCUUACAAAGGGAACCCCUACCACCUUAGCGCACUUGUGGUGGCGGGUGAGGGCUCCAAUUUGCUGGGGCGUGACUGGAUCAAAAUUCUGCCCUUAGAUUGGCCUGCGCUGCUGGACGGGCUCUUCCUGGUGUCUGAUUGCUCCCUAGCAGCUGUUCUUGAAGAUCACAAGUCUGUGUUUGAAGAUAAGCUAGGGGAGUUAAAGGGAACAAAAGUAACCAUUAAUGUGGAUGACACGGUGCCGCCGCGUUUCUGCAAAGCGCGGCCGGUUCCGCUGGCCUUGCAAAAGAAAGUCGAAACAGAGUUGACUCGGUUAGUGGAAUCAGGGAUCCUCCAGCCGGUGACUUACUCAGAGUGGGCUGCUCCAAUUGUGCCAGUUCUAAAGGGAGAUGGUUCCAUCCGCAUCUGUGGAGACUAUAAACUGACAGUGAACGUGGCAUCUCGAGUAGAACACUACCCACUCCCACGCAUCGACGAGCUAUUCGCCAAGCUGGCUGGAGGUGUCUGCUUUUCCAAGUUAGAUAUGUCCCAUGCAUACCAGCAGCUGGUUUUAGCAGAAGACUCGCGAAAACUUGUAACGAUAAAUACCCAUCGCGGUUUAUUCCAGUACACGCGCCUUCCAUUUGGUGUGUCAUCUGCAUGUGCCAUUUUUCAGAGGGCGAUGGAAGGCUUGCUGGCAGGGAUAGACCACGUUGCUGUGUACCUAGAUGACAUACUUUUGACAGGUGUCACCCAGGCCCAACACCUGCGCACCCUGGACCUAGUGUUGUCUCGGCUAGAGGAAGCAGGGCUUCGACUAAAACGGUCCAAAUGCGUUUUUAUGGCCCCUGAAGUGGAAUAUCUGGGCCAUAAGAUUUCAGCAAGGGGGCUACAGCCCCUGGAAAAGAAAGUACAGGCAAUCAAGGAUGCCCCAAAGCCACAGAACGCCAGUGAGCUCCGAGCAUACCUGGGCAUGCUCAACUAUUAUGGGCGCUUCCUUCCAGACUUGGCCUCAGUGCUCGCCCCUCUGCAUGCUUUGCUCCGGACAGGAGCGAAGUGGGAAUGGAUUGCUGUACAUGACAAAGCAUUCAAGGAAUCAAAGGCCAUGCUGACGUCAGAGGCGCUGCUGGCUCACUACAACCCUGCAUCACCACUGGUGAUCGCUGCUGAUGCUUCACCCUUUGGCCUUGGCGCGGUGCUGUCACACAAGUACCAAGAUGGAACUGAACGGCCAGUGUGCUUUGCCUCCCGAGCCCUCACUCCAGCCGAAAGGAAGUAUGCCCAAGUGGAGAAGGAGGCUUUGGCAGUGAUCUACGCAGUUAAGAAAUUCCACCAGUUCGUAUAUGGGCACCAAUUCACAAUCCAGACAGAUCACAAGCCCCUUCUUGGGUUGCUCGGGGAGCUGAAAAAUAUACAGCCCACAGCCUCAGCACGCCUGCAAAGGUGGGCACUCCUCCUGAUGCAAUACCAAUACACCCUGACUUAUAAACCGGGGGCGCUGAUCGCGCACGCAGACGGCUUGAGUAGGCUGCCGUUGCCCCACAAUGCACCAGACCCGCCGACUCCCCCAGAGCUUGUGUGUCUGAUGCAGCAGCUUCAGACAGCGCCCAUCACCAGUGGACAGUUAAAAGAUUGGACCCGUCGGGACCCCCUGUUGGCUCGAGUAUGCCAAUUUGUGACGGCGGGUUGGCCUCUGACCUGCCCAGCGAGUGAGUUGCUGCCAUAUUUCAAGAGGCGCGAUGAGCUCACUGUUGAAGAUGGAGUUCUGUUAUGGGGGCUCCGGGUCAUAAUUCCCCCCCGGGGUCAGCGAGCCCUCAUGGAAGAGCUACAUGAGGCUCACCCUGGGGCAUCACGGAUGAAAGCUGUAGCACGGGCGUACAUGUGGUGGCCUGGGCUAGACGCGGCCCUAGAAGAUCUAGUGAAAUCCUGCACUGCUUGUCAACAAAUCAGGAACGCUCCCCCGGCGGCGCCCAUGUGUCCAUGGGAGUGGCCUGGCAAGCCUUGGACACGCCUGCACGUUGAUUACGCUGGCCCCUUUUUAGGCGAAAUGUUCCUGGUGCUGGUUGACUCCCACUCCAAGUGGCUGGAAGUGUUUCCAGUGAAGUCCGCCACUUCAACCUCUACCGUGGACCAUCUGCGUGAUGUGUUCAGCACACAUGGCCUCCCUCACACUGUUGUGUCAGAUAAUGCCUCUGUGUUCACCAGCUCUGAAUUUGAGGAGUUUCUGAAGGUGAAUGGUGUUCGCCACCUGACCUCUGCGCCCUACCAUCCGUCCUCAAACGGGCUGGUGGAGAGGGCAGUCCAAACGCUAAAAAAAUCAUUGAAGAAAAUGUCAGGGGGAACACUAAGGGCCAGGCUUGCAAGAUUCUUGGCGGCAUAUCGGUUCACUCCGCAUGCCACCACCGGGCAGUCCCCAGCAGAGAUGCUGUUCGGUCGCCGUGUGCGCACCAGAUGGGAUCUGCUGCGGCCAGACAUUCAAUCGAGGGUUCUCCGUGGUCAGGAGACAAUGGUGGCCAACUCCAAAAGAAAUUCAGUCAUUCGAGACCUACCACUCAGUGCCGCUGUGUGGGUCAGAGAUUUUUCUGGUCGGGAGAAGUGGCUGCCAGGCACAGUGAUCGACAAGACGGGGCCUCUGUCUUACAGGGUGGAGGUAGCAGGGAAUGUGUGGCGUAGGCACGUCGACCACCUGCUAUGCAGAAACACUUCGCUGCAAGCCAGACCGGACUGGGAGCCGGAGAGUAGCGACCAGCCCGGUCCUGUUCCUCCGGCAGACUCUGACGCGGAGCUCCCAGAGGCGGAUGAGGUUCCGGGCCCAGAGUUGGCAGAAACGGAUGACCGCGAACCUGCUGUUGUGCCCCGGAGAUCUUCUAGAGUGAGGAAAGUACCUUCUCGUUUAAAUUUGUAGACGUA